AUGAUUCCAGAAUCUCAUUUUGAGGCAUUUUCAGCACACAUAGAUUUGUCCUUGCUGGAUCAAAUCAAGGAAGCCACUCAGGAAGACCCUGGUCUUGACACAAACUUGCUAGCUGUAUCAGACCCUAAAUCCAUGCCCCACAGCAUUGCACAGAAGUUCAAGGACUAUACAAUUCAGGAGGGUCUACUGUUGUAUCAAGGAAGAAUAGUUGUGCCAGAUGAACCUGAGAUCAAACAGCAGCUCUUAUCUCACUUCCAUGAUUCCCCUGCUUCUGGUCACCAAGGAAGAGCACAAACUCUAGAUCUUGUGAAAUCUGUCAAAGAAGCAAGGGCCAUCCAUGUACACAACUAUGCUCUCAACCCGCUUGCUGUCCCUGCAUUUACCUGGGAAGGCAUCUUGUAUGAUUUCAUUGUCAAGUUUCCCAAGUCUGCUACUGCUGAGGAUGUAGCUCAGAUGUUCCUGGAACAUGUCUGGAAGCUACAUGGCACUCCCAAGCGCACUGUGUCCAACAGAGGGUCCACAUUCAAUUCCAAGUUCCUCAAGGCACUCUACGAAUCUCUGCAAAUCACUCCUAGUUUCUCUACUGCUUAUCACCCACAAUCUGAUGGACAAACUGAGAUUGAAAACCAAUGGCUAGAGGCUUACCUAUGUCCUUCCAUGAAUCAUAGACAGUCUGAUUGGGUUGAUUGGCUCCCACUGGCUGAGUUUACUCAUAACAAUGCCAGAAGCAAAGCAACAGGCAAAUUGCCCUUUGAAAUUGUGUAUGACCGUUCUCCUGUCAUUUCACUGCUCCUGGAACCCACUGGAUUGCCUAUUGCUGAUGACAGAGCCAAGCAACUGGCUGAGACUAUUCAGGCAGUACAGGUGUCAAUCAAAUGGGCUCAGGAGUGCUACAAACAGGCAGACACAGGGAAACCUCCUCCUGAGUUUCAACCAGGAGACUAA